CUCCAUUCCUCCAUUUUCCACUCGCAUCUUCAACAAUGGCAAUUACCGUGCAAGAAGCAUUGGACUCUGACAUCCCUCGUGCGUGCGAGGUUGAGAUGGCUGCAUAUUCUAAUGCAUAUUCCCCAAACCCCAUAAGCUCGAUCCUGUUCCCAGGGCCUUUCCCUCCAGACUCUCAGGAGAAGCGUGCACAAGGUCUCAUAUCUGAACGAAAAGGCGACCUAAGUACCCGAUAUAUGAAAGCUGUAGACGAAGAGACCGGGCAAUUAAUAGCUUUCUCCAAAUGGCAUAUAUAUGAUACCCCAGAGUCCGCGGCGGCGGCGGAACGGUCGGUGGAUAUUAGACAAGGUAUGAAUAAAGAAGCCUUUACGGCGUUCUUUGGUGGACUGGCAAAAAGAAAGAAAGAACUCAUAGGCAGCAAGCCACAUAUUUACCUUCAUCUCCUCCAUACCGACCCAAAAUUCCAAAAGCGUGGCGCAGGUGGACUUCUCCUCAAAUGGGGCAUGGAUAAAUCUAACGAACUCGGCUUUCCCGUCUAUCUAGAAUCGACUCCGGAUGGGCAUCCCUUCUACCUAAAAUAUGGCUUUAAAGACAUUGAAGAGUUCGCCCUUGACAUAAGCCGGUUUGGUGGAGGAGACAAACCUCAUGUCACUCCUCUGAUGUUAAGAGAACCAGCGAGCGGGUCCUAGAUACUGGUAUAAAUGGCGCCUUCCACGAUCAGCAAUUCCCCUCCUGGAACAAGGAUCUCUAUUUCUAGCUAAAAGGACUCAAUAUGGUUGCAUUCUCUCGGUCUUACCCCUUUUGGACUCUGUUAUGUUAGAGUUGUUUUAUCGGGGAGGUUAGUUAUGCAGCUAACGGAUAGUAGAGGGCAUAUAGAGUUGCGAGUAGUCAAUUGGGCGGUGAGAGCCAAAUUAAGUCGUUUGAGCUAAUGUGUAAAGUCUAAGGAUCGAGAGAUAAUACAGUAGUUCGAAAGGCACUACUGCUAAUGAGGUUAUUACUAGACCUAAACAGGAAACUGGCGUGAGUUAAGG